GGUGCCGGUCACAGCAUCAACACUGGGUCUGCCCUGGAUUAUUAGCUCCAUGUUCCACUGAGACCUCAGAGUGAACGGACCAGAUUGCUAAAAAAAAAAAAAAAAAUAUCUAACAAGAACAGAAACUUAACAUCAGCAAUAGUCAGCGGGAACAGCUAUUCGAAAAUGAGGAUUUUUUUCUUUCAAGAAGCUGUUGACAUUGAACACAACAAAAUCAUGUGAAAAGAUGCUGAUGGAUUUGAAUAUUAUGGUCACAAUAUCCCCAUGUGACUGAGGGCUUUGCGUUCUGAUUUCUGCUGGUGCACAGCUGUCUGCGAGAACAAAAGAAGAUGGUUGGGUUGAAGCCAAGCGACAUUCCCCCUACACCUGUGGUGAAGUUUGUAGGCGCUGGCUCAGCAGCUUGUAUUGCAGAUUUAUUCACAUUCCCACUAGACACAGCAAAAGUCAGACUGCAGAUCCAGGGAGAGUGCUUGUCUGAACAGAAUGCCAGAGUUGUACAAUACAAGGGUGUUUUUGGCACCAUUAAGACCAUGGUGAAGACUGAGGGGGCUGCCAGUCUCUACAAUGGGCUUGUUGCUGGUUUACAGAGGCAGAUGAGCUUUGCCUCCGUACGUAUUGGGCUCUAUGACUCCGUUAAGCAAUACUACUGCCGCAAAUCUGACUAUUCUGGGAUUUCAUGUCGUCUUCUUGCCGGGUGUACAACAGGUGCAUUAGCCGUCACUUUUGCCCAACCAACGGAUGUGGUGAAGGUGAGAUUUCAGGCACAUAUCAAAAUCCUAGAUGGCACAAGGAGAUAUAACGGGACAGUAGAUGCCUAUAAGACAAUCGCUAGAGAGGAAGGGCUUAGAGGACUCUGGAAAGGAACCAUGCCUAACAUCACACGUAAUGCUAUUGUUAACUGUGCCGAGCUUGUUACUUACGACCUCAUCAAGGAAGCCAUUCUGCAUGAGCAACUUCUGACAGAUAAUCUACCCUGUCAUUUUGUGGCUGCAUUUGGCGCAGGCUUCUGUGCCACUAUUGUGGCAUCUCCAGUGGAUGUUGUAAAAACGAGGUAUAUGAAUUCCACCGCCGGCCAGUACAAGAAUGCGCUGAACUGUGCGUGCACCAUGUUGGUCAAGGAGGGAAGUACAGCUUUUUAUAAAGGCUUUGUGCCAGCAUUCCUCAGGCUUGGUUCUUGGAAUAUUGUCAUGUUUGUCAGCUACGAACAACUGAAAAGAGCAAUGAUGAUGGCUCAUGGAUCUUGGGAAUCUCCUCGUUAAACAUAGAUUCCCCAGUAUACAGAGGAGUUCACUGUUCAGGGUCAACGGACCAUAAGACAUGGCCCAAGAGGCAGAUUCUACAGAGACAACAAGAGAAUGUUACCAUCCAGACAGACGAUAGUAUUCCAAGGUCACUAACGUAUUGGCCACCAAGGUGCGGGAUACAAUAACUUCUCCCAUUUGCACUGGGACAUAAAUAUGCCAAGAAUUUCUGAUUAAAACUGAAGAAUUACAACUCAGCUGACACAAGGAGUGAAAAUGAAUUUCUCAAGGAAUGAAAGAAAUUGGUGGACAUACGAGAAACUAAAAGAUUUAAGGUUUAAUCUGACUUUAUAGACAUGACAAUACAUUUCGUAUCAUGUGUUUGAUAAUCACAUAUUGGUGCUACCUGGGAUUCCUUUAGGACAUUUUUGGCUACAAGUUUAUUGCUUUACACUGUACAAAAACAAACUUUUAUUUUUUGAAUAUAUACCUCAGUAAAUAGGUGUCGUUUUAUUGAGCGUUGGGACUGCAUAUUAGCAAAUGUUUACAUCUGUUUUUGGGAAAAUCCAUAAUUUGUUAGCAGUAACUAUUAUUAACUGUAUUUUCAUUUUUUGGGAGAAAGGUGUGCACCUUUAGACUUUUUUUAUUAUAAUAAAGAAAUUACAUCUAAAGACAUGUUUGUAUACAGCUUUUGACUAAGCAUGCCAGUGUGAAAGAACUAAAGACCAGCCUAAGGAUUAAAGAGCACGAAAAUAUUUGCUAUGUCAUGCAAACAAAAUAGUAUGAAUAUAAAUAAUGUAACUGUAAAUAAUGUUUAACCAGUUUAAAAUUAAAUUAACAGUAAGUGGAAGCUCCUUAGAUAAUGAGAGCAAUUCCUGCCGCUCUAGUUACACCCAAGAAGCGUUAAUUAAAUUAAAGUGCUCUUUAGGAGAGCAACAUCCACUUUGGAAAUAAAAUACAAACUUUAAGGCAUGUUAUAUAAGUAAUAAAAUAUAUAUAUAAUGUUGCUUUAAGAGAAAAAGAAGAGAGAAAUGAAUGGGCAAAAUCAAUAGUGAAGGUUGAUAGAAGAGGGAAUUAUGCAGAAGGGAGAAGAUAAUGAGACAGAGAAAAGAGAGUCUACAUAGAAGAGACAGGAGUGAAGGAGAAAUAGAACUACGACAUAAAGAAGUGAGAAGAUAGAUAAUGGUGGCAGGAAGGAAGGGAGAGCUCAGUUUGGAAACCUGUGCUUAGCUGAAGGAAGAGAGAACUCAGUUUCGGAACCUGGGCUUAGCUGAAGGAAGAGAGAAUUCAGUUUCGGAACCUGGGCUUAGCUGAAGGAAGAGAGAACUCAGUUUGGGAACCUGUGCUUAGCUGAAGGAAGAGAGAACUCAGUUUGGGAACCUAGGCUAAGCUGAAGGAAGAGAGAACUCAGUUUGGGAACCUAGGCUUAGCUGAAGGAAGAGAGAACUCAGUUUGAGAACCUGUGCUUAGCUGAAGGAAGAGAAAACUCAGUUUGGGAACCUAGGCUUAGCUGAAGGAAGAGAGAACUCAGUUUGGGAACCUGUGCUUAGCUGAAGGAAGAGAGAACUCAGUUUGGGAACCUGGGCUUAGCUGAAGGAAGAGAGAACUCAGUUUGGGAACCUAGGCUUAGCUGAAGGAAGAGAGAACUCUGUUUGGGAACCUAGGCUUAGCUGAAGGAAGAGAGAACUCAGUUUGGGAACCUGGGCUAAGCUGAAGGAAGAGAGAACUCAGUUUGAGAACCUAGGCUUAGCUGAAGGAAGAGAGAACUCAGUUUGGGAACCUAGGCUUAGCUGAAGGAAGAGAGAACUCAGUUUGGGAACCUAGGCUUAGCUGAAGGAAGAGAGAACUCAGUUUGGGAACCUGUGCUUAGCUGAAGGAAGAGAGAACUCAGUUUAGGAACCUGGGCUUAGCUGAAGGAAGAGAGAACUCAGUUUGGGAACCUGGGCUUAGCUGAAGGAAGAGAGAACUCAGUUUGGGAACCUGGGCUUAUCGCAGAAAAGACAAACACACUGGCAGAGAGACACAUUAUUAGGUUAUAUGGGCACAUAAUAGGAGGCACAGAACUGUAGACUGGCAUCAAUGUACUGCUUAGUAGCAGAGACAGAAUUAAUGUGUGCUUGACCCUGAGAGUAUUUUACAUGACCCAAAUGUCCAUAACAUUCUAAAGAAUAACAAGGUAGUAAAUGUGUGCAGAGACUGGCAGAGGUGACAAAAACAGCAGCAGUAGCAAGAAUGAAAUACACCAACCAUCAUUACCAGAAGGUUUGAUAAUAUCUAAGUACUUUCAGUAGAUGGAAUGGACACAUAAGAUGGGUUUAUGGAAGUUCAGUGUGGCCCAGCUGUUCUGCCCCCCCCAAGUGCACUGCAAAUACUUUUAAUGACUUUCAGCUAUAUUUGAAAUUGUACUAAUAUCAGGAAACUCUACCUCUCUCUUAUCGCUGUCAAUAAAGAGGACAUGUUUACUAA